AUGCUUGCUCUGUGUAUUGAAUCACAGAGGUUUGAUCUCGAAUUUCAGAGUCCGAAUGGUGAGACCAUCCUCUGGAUGGCAGUUUCGAGGAACCAAUCCGAUCUGGUCGAUAUCCUACUCACCGCGGGAAACGUAGAUCCAAACGUGCAGGACAUUUACGGCAUGACGCCUUUGAUGGAUUCUGCCUCGCGCGGCUAUGAGACGGUCACAAGGCUUCUUCUGGCUUGCCAAAACAUUGACAUUAGCAUAAAGGACGAGGAAGGGUGGGAUGCUCACGUUCACGCCAUCGAGGCUGGGCAUGUGUCCCUGGCGAAUCUGAUUGUUGAAACCAUUAUGGAUUAA